AUGCAUACCACCGCCCUUCUUUUUCUUGCAGCUAUAUCCUCUGUCGUAGGACAUGAGCACACAGGAAGUUUACAAGAACGCCUCAAUGCGCAAGGACCUCAUCGUGAGAGAUUGUGGUAUAAUACUCUGCCCGGUGACGGCGGCACUCAAGCGGACUCGGUAUUCUCUGGCAUCUCCACAUUCGGACGUCUACCAUACUAUCCGUGCCUAGCUUCCGACGCAGAGAAAUUCGAUAUUGCCUUCCUCGGUGCACCAUUUGAUACCGGCACGUCCUAUCGCCCUGGGGCCCGUUUUGGCCCAUCCGGAAUUCGCCAAGGCUCCCGGCGUCUCAACCUCUACGGCGGAUAUAAUGUUCCACUCGCUACCAACCCAUUCAAUUCCUGGGCCCGGGUACUUGACUGCGGUGACAUACCGGUUACUUCCUACGACAACGACUACGCAAUAAAGCAAAUUGAGAACGGCCACUAUGCGCUACUGUCCCGCACUCCUGCCACGGACGCGGACAAAGCGGGCCCCAGUCUGAACGGUAAGACGUUGCCAAGGGUUAUCACUUUGGGUGGGGACCACACCAUCGUCCUGCCGAUUUUAAGGAGUGUCAAGAAAUUGUAUGGUCCCAUCAGUGUUAUCCAUUUUGACAGCCAUUUGGAUACGUGGAAGCCCAAGGUCUUUGGGGGUAGCUUGUCAAAGACUGCGAGCGUGAACCAUGGAACAUACUUUUAUCACGCAGCCCAAGAGGGUCUUCUCAAGAACGACACCAACAUCCAUGCCGGAAUUCGCACGACCCUCAGCGGCCCCAGCGACUACGAAAAUGACGGCUACGUAGGCUUCCAGAUCGUCGAGGCUCGGGAAAUUGACACCAUCGGCGUGGAUGGCAUCAUCAAGAAGAUUAUCGACCGGGUCGGCACCACAAAUCCCGUGUACCUGUCUAUCGAUAUCGACACUCUUGAUCCCGCGUUUGCACCUGCUACCGGAACCCCGGAGACUGGAGGGUGGAGUACAAGGGAGUUGAGAACUAUCGUUAGAGGGCUCGAGGGAAUUAACUUGAUCGGGGCUGAUAUUGUGGAGGUGGCGCCAGCGUAUGAUACCAAUGCGGAGUUGACUACGAUGGCGGCUGCGGAUGUGUUGUUUGAAGUGAUGAGUAUCAUGGUGAAGAAGGGCCCCUUGAGUUAUAUGGGCGAUGGAAAGAAAUAG